UCGGUCUCGUUCGCUUAAACCGAAUGGUAGACGUUUAUAGCGUAUAAUCGCAAAUUAUCACAUCCGAUUUCGCGCUGGCUCCCUUUUGUAUCUUACUUUGUUUGACCAUUACCAUCAACCAUUCCGUCCCAACAAAUUAAACGGUUCUGGUGGGAAAUUUCUCAUCAGGGAAGGUACACCUUUGAGUGCCAAAAGAAACUUGUAUUAUUUGAAUUAGGUGGAGGACCACCUUGGGACGUUCACUGACGAAUACUUCGCAGAAAAAAAAUUUAGAUAGUCAUACCGUUCAUAUUUCCUGGAAUCUUCUGACUCGAUUGGAUAACAUUUUUAAUCAUGAAGACAGAUCUGAUUCAGCAUGAUGAAAUGUUAGACAAAACUGUUUGGGAUAUGGCUUUAGAAACAAUUAGCGAACCGGAUCAGGAAGAUCCUUUUUUCAUCGUCGAUUUGACGGACAUCGAGCGAAAAUACAAGCUGUGGAAAUUAAAAAUGCCAAGAAUAACUCCAUUUUAUGCUAUGAAAUGCAACGAUUGUCCUGGGGUACUUCAGUAUCUUGCAUCUAUGGGCGUUAAUUUUGAUUGUGCUAGCAAAACUGAAAUUGAAACUGUGAUUAAUCUUGGAGUUGAUCCUUCGCGAAUUAUAUACGCUAAUCCCUGCAAAACUCGUUCUUUUAUUAAAUAUGCUGCAGCCGUUGGAGUGAAAAUGAUGACAUUUGAUAAUGAGAUCGAACUUUAUAAAAUUAAAUCUAUUUUUCCCAAUGCAGAAUUAGUAAUUCGUAUUAAAGUCGACGACAGUGAUUCAAACUUCAAACUUAGCCUCAAAUUUGGAUGCGAAAUGAAGCAAGUGGCUCAGCUGUUGAAAACUGCAAAAAGUUUAGAUCUUAAUGUGAUAGGAGUGAGGUAAGAAAUAUAUAAUUUGAUAAUU